AUGUCUUUGUGGGUAGACAAGUAUAGACCAAGGUCCUUGGACCAGCUCUCGUUCCACGACAGCAUCACAAAUAACCUCAGGGCCCUUGCUAGCACCGGAGACUUUCCCCAUCUCUUGGUUUACGGCCCCAGUGGAAGUGGAAAAAAAACACGAAUCUACUCAACACUCCAUGAAUUGUAUGGUCCUCUGGUAGAAAAACUCAAGAUUGACGUGAAAAAGUUCACCACCACGUCCAACAGAAAGCUCGAGUUUAACGUGUUGAGCUCGCCUCAUCAUUUGGAAAUUACCCCGUCAGAUAUGGGAAACAACGACAGAGUAGUGAUCCAGGAUCUUCUCAAAGACGUGGCUUCUACAGAGCAGGUGGACUUCACGGCAAAGGCUUCGUCGCCCAGACACAAGUUCAAGGUUGUGGUGAUCAACGAGGCCGAUUCACUCAGUAGAGAUGCCCAGGCAGCGUUGAGAAGAACCAUGGAAAAAUACUCCAGUAACAUUCGUCUUAUUAUGGUUUGCAACACCACUUCCAGUAUCAUUUCUCCCAUCAAGUCGCGUACGCUUCUUGUGCGGAUUCCGGCUCCAACAACGGCAGAAAUUGCCCUGGUGCUCACCACCAUUGCCGACAAAGAAACUGUCAAAUUCAACCCUGGCGACGAAGAAACUCGCCAAAAGUUCUUUGAGCAAUUAGCCACCAAUUGCAACCGGAACAUGCGCCGGGCAUUGCUCUGCUUUGAAACCAUUCUGAUGCAGACGGAAACCAUCAACAUUAACAACCCUAAACAGGCAAUCGUGGACCUCGAUUGGGAGGUGAUUAUCCUGAACCUUGCCCAAUCCAUCUACACUCAGCGAACAGUAGCUAAUUUGGCAAAGGUUAGAGUGGUGCUCUACGAACUCUUGUCCCACUGUAUUCCCCCGGCAGUCAUUCUCAAGACUCUUCUUUUCGACUUGAUCAAGCUAGCCAACAAAGACCUGCUCACACGAGACUUGGUGGGGGUGGCCGCUGUGUUUGACGAGAGGUUGAGUUUGGGACAAAAAAGCAUAUUUCAUUUGGAGGGGUUCGUGGCCAAAGCCAUGUUGGCUAUAGACAGUAUAUAG